AUGGCUCAAAGACACAACUCAUGGGCGCCUUCGCCCUCGUCGUAUGGUCCGCCCAGGUCAGCCGGAGACGGACACUACGCCUACGAACCCGAGCCAAUGCGGCUCCCACCUCCAAUGCACUUGAUGAAUGGGCAGUCGAAUGUGCAACCGAGGCCCGCCACACAGCAGCAGCCCGAAUAUCACCAAAACGAGUAUCAUCAAGCCUCAUAUUACCGUGCUGAUUACCAAUACCAGCGCGAAUACCACCAACCUCCCUCGCCCAGCUACCAUCAGCCACCGCAGUACCAACACUACCAACCGCCACCACCUCAAUCCGCACAGCUUACCGACCCGUACAGAGCAGCUCCCAUGCCCCGCUAUCCCCAGGAAUCGCCACGCCCAUCACCGACGUUGUCUGCGACCAAGAGUGAACCAUUUGACGAGUACCAGGCGGCGAGAGAAGCGCACUUUCUCAAGCGUAAUCAGCCUCCACAGAUGCCGCACAUGCCGCAGGGUGCCCCGCGCGUGUUGAACGACAACUAUCAGGGCGGAGGCAAAGUCGCCAUUCCUUUCACGCCGCCCAGCCUGAGAAUUCCUGCGGUGCGGUCUGGGUCCGCGAUCCCAACGGCCAGAACAUCGUGGAGUGCCACGAGCCAGCAUGAAAGAGUCAAGAUUGAGGAUCUUUUGAGCGGCGGCGGCGGCGAGGACCGAAGGAUACUCCACCGCGCCCUGGAAUCAGAGGUCAAGGUGGUCCAAAACGAGUACGAGAUCUUUUUCCGCCAACAACCCAUGGCGGCCAGGUGCUGUGGCUACGGCGAAAGAGACAGGAGAGUCAUCGAUCCACCACCCAUUGUCCAGUUGAGGAUAAACAACCCCGACCUCACGCCUGACGAGCUGUAUAACAAGAUACACCACCCCGCCUAUGUCGUCCACUGCAGUAUCUGGGACGAGACCGGAAUAAAGGAUGAGACCAACAUGCCUGACGAAGGGUUGAGGCCGGGAAAGCGCAUCAUGGGAUCGCUGGUAUCGUCGCCCUUUGUGGGCCAAGAUGAAAACGGCAAUGAAGGCUGCUUCUUCUGUUUCCCCGACAUGUCAGUUCGCACACCGGGCAGAUUCCGUCUCAAAUUCGUAUUGGUCGUCGUCGAUCCGACGCACAUGGCAAAGAAAGCUCCCAUCCGGUCCACCAUCAUGAGCGAAAUAUUUGUCGUCUACAGCGCAAAGGAUUUCCCGGGCAUGCAGGCCAGCACACCCCUCACGAAGCGUCUCAAGGAGCAGGGAUGUCUCAUUUCCAUCAAAAAGGGCAACGAAAAGUCUGGCGGGAAGAACACUCGUCGGCAAGAUGACAGCGACGACGACGACGAGGAAGACGGCGGCGGCGGCGGCGGCGGCGGCGGAAGCGCCUCGGCCAAGCGCAAAAAGACGAGGAAACAGCGAUGA